AUGUGGACGCUACGCCGCUCGCUGCGCCGCUCCCCCGUGAGUUUGAUGCUGCCCGCGCACCGCCGCGCGCUGACCGCGGCCGCCGCCUCGCAGGGCAAAGUGCCCAUCGAGAACCUGUACGUGACGUCCACCGAGGUGACCAAGAAGACGGCGCCCGUGCUCAUCGGUCUCGCGCACGUGCUGGAGCACAAGUUCGACAAGGUGGGGUACUUCCGCCCCAUCCAGCCCAGCCCCGACUCGAGCAUGGCCGACCACCACGUGGACGUCAUGAAGCAGCAGCUGGAGCUCCCCCACAACGUCGAGCAGCUCUACGGCGUGACCAGUCAGCGCGCCAUGGAGGCCAUGCUGAAUGGCAAGGGCGACGACAUCGUGGAGGAGAUCCUGGAGAGGUACGAGGAGUGCCGCAAGGGCCACGACUUCAUGCUCAUCGAGGGCUCGCAGAUCUCCAAGCACGAGAGCGCCAUGAGCUGGAAGAUCAACGUGGACAUCGCCAAGGCCAUCGGCUCGCCCGUGCUGAUGGUCACGGACUUUGGAGACUCGGCUGCCAAGAACGGAGAGUUGCUGGAGGAGAUGGUUUCGCGCACGGUCAUGGGCAAGGACCAGGCCGAUGCGGCGGGACUCAACUACCUCGGCACGAUCGCGAACCGCGUGCGCGCCAAGGACGCGGACAAAUUGCGUGCGGACCUUAAAGAAAAGCUGGACGAGAAGGACAUUCCGUUCCUGGGGUUCCUGCCGAUGGACGAGAUUAUCGCGUCCAAGCGGCUGAACGAGGUGACGCAUCAGCUCGGAGCGACCCAGCUCUUCGGCAACACGAUCGCCAACGAUGCUGUGGUGACCUCUGCAGUCGUGGCAGCUAGUGCGCUGAAGGACCUAUUCGCGCACUUGAAGAAGUACAAGGAUGGCGCUAUGAUCAUCACGUCUGGUGACCGAUCCGACCUCAUGCUCGGCCUCAUGGUCUCUCGCUUGCCUGGUGUGCUGCCCAACAUCUCGGCCAUCGUUCUCACGAACGGCAACUACCCGCACAGCAACACGCAAGAAAUUCUUAAGGGCGUGGAGGCGCUGGACAAGACCGGACUGUCGCUUCCUAUCUUCUCAACCCCGAAUGACACCUUCUCCACUGCUGAUGGCUUCGCGAAAGUCUCGACGGACAUUCUGCCCACGAGUAAACUGAAAAUUGACCGUUCCAAGCAACUCUUUGACGAGUUUGUCGAGAAGGAGAUGCUUAUCGGUGAGCUUGACCAGGGUAUGGUGGUGAACCGCUCACCGAAGCAGUUCCAGCACUUCCUGUUUAGCAAGUCGCGUGCGGUGCAGCGCCACAUUGUGCUGUCCGAGGGCGAAGAUAUCCGCGUGCUGCAGGCUGCCGAUCAGAUCUUGCGUCAGAAUCUGUCCAAGAUCACUAUCCUGGGCAACCCCGAUGAGAUUUUGCUGAACGCCAAGACUGCCAACCUCGAUCUCUCUCGCGCUAACAUUGUGCGUCCAUCGGACAGCGAGUUGCUGGACAAGUACGUCGACUACUUCUACGAGAAGCGAAAACAUAAGGGCGUAACGAAAGAGCUGGCACGCGACUACUGCAAGGACGAAACCUACUUUGGCACGCUCAUGGUGGAGUUGGGCGACGCCGAUGGCAUGGUCUCCGGUGCCUGCCACACCACCGCCAACACCAUCCGUCCUGCUCUGCAGCUCAUCAAGACGGCGCCCAACCGCCCCAUCGUGUCCAGCGUCUUCUUCAUGUGCCUCGAGGACGGCGUCCGCAUCUACGGCGACUGCGCCGUGAACACGGACCCGAGCGCGCAGGACCUGGCGCAGAUCGCGGUGACGAGCGCCGAGAGCGCGGAGGCGUUCGGCCUGAUCCCGAAGGUGGCGCUGCUGUCGUACGCGACGGGCGACUCGAACUCGGGUCCGAUCAUCGACAAGGUUCGUGAGGCGACGAAGAUCGCGCAGGAGCUGCGUCCGGACCUGGACAUCUACGGCCCGAUCCAGUACGACGCCGCGGUGGACGCGUCGAUCGCGAAGACGAAGCUGAAGGCGAUCCCGAGCGGCGCGAAGGUGGGCGGCCAGGCGAACGUGCUGAUCUUCCCGGACCUGAACACGGGCAACAACACGUACAAGGCGGUGCAGCAGAGCACGGGCUGCAUCGCGAUGGGUCCGAUGCUGCAGGGUCUGCGCAAGCCGGUGAACGACCUGAGCCGCGGAGCGACGGUGAAGGACAUCGUGACGACGGUGGCGAUCACGGCGAUCCAGGCGGACCAGGUGAUCCUCAAGCGCGAGGCCGAGGCUGCCACGGCCAAGCUGUAA